GCGAGUGUGCGGCACAGCUCAGGCCAGGCUGUUUCCUGGCACAGUUCAAGCAGCCCUUGGGGACGAAAGGGACAGAUCGGCUGGCGGGGAAGAUGGCAAUGUUCCCCAAAGGCAGGUCCGGCCUUGGGCCGCUGCAAAAGUUGGAAAGCGGCACGCACCCUGGCCAGCCGGGCAAGACUUGGGGAGCCAAAGUCUGCCUCCCCCCGCCCACCCUCUGUCUUGCUGUGGGCCUUGAUCCCUGGAGAGUUUAUGUCAACAACUGUCCGGACAGAGCAAUCGGAGUUUGACCACAGCUUGUUCCGGCGGCUCUUUCCAGUCCGUGCUGAGCCGUGCGGGUUUCUGCACCGUGCCAAACAUGUUCCCAGCUGCCGCUUGGCUGCUCCUGCUGGUGGCCCCCGGGCCCCCUUGGGCCACAGGGGCCAGGAUCCAGGAAACAGAGGAGGGUGAUGCUUCCAAGCUGGGUCCCUGCUUCCAAGGCUCCGCUGUCGAAGCCGGUGGUCUGAACCUGGGGCAGAGAUGGGGAGACCCCUCCCCAACCGCCACCCUGCACAUCGAUCUGCAAACGGUGACGAGUGCAGCUUCCUCAUUCGACUUCCGCACCUUCGACCCGGAAGGGGUGAUCUUCUAUGGGGACACCAACCCCGGCGUUGACUGGUUCAUCCUGGCGCUGCGUCGGGGGAAGCCGGAAAUGCAGAUCCAUAACACCCUCAUCAACAUCACCGUCUCCGGGGGGCGGCGUCUCGAUGAUGGCCAGUGGCAUCGGAUCCUGGUGAAGAACGAAGGGCACGGCGUCAUGCUGGAGGUCGAUGGAGAGGACCACCUCACCCUCAGCCAUGUCUCCCACCCGAUUGUGAAUCGCCCCACCCCUCAGAUGCGCAUCGGAGUAGGAGGCAUGCUCAUCUCGCUGCAUGAGUUGCUGGUCCCGCUGAAUCCGGCCCUGGACGGCUGCAUGAGGCGCUGGGACUGGCUGAACAAGAGCCUGGAGUGGCGAGAGGGGGCUUCCUUGGAGGACCGGGACGCCAAGGUCUGCUUCGCCAGCAUCCAGCGGGGCAGCCUUUUCCGUGGAAACGGGCAGGCCGUCUUUGCGCUGUCAGGGCUCCCCACCGACCCCACCCCGGCCAACGGGAGCUGGGUCCUCUCGCUGCAGCUGCAGAUCAGGGCCGCUCCGCAGCUGAGCACCCUCCUGGCCGUCUCCACUUUGAAGCAAAGCUUGCUUCUGCGCUUGGCCCUGCGGCACACGGAUCUGACGGCCGAGUUGGGUAACAAGACGGUUCUCCUGGUCCCUCUCCCUGAAGGGGGCUGCCUGGACACCCCCCUCCUCCUUCGCAUCAGCUCCUCUUCCUUCACGCUGCGUCUGGGGGACACCGAGAUCUCCAAGCCCACCCCGAAGUCCGAUUUCGAAAGCCUGCAACGGACCUGGCUGAGCAGGGUGGGAAGCCUGGCCAUCGGGGGGCCCUCCGGAGAGGAGAAAUCCGAGGAAGCGAAUUUCUUCCAGGGCUGCCUCAGCUCCAUCCGGGUGCAGGGCCGUGAGCUGGACCUCGACGAUGCCCAGUACCGGACCAACUCGAUCUGGGCACACAGCUGCCCCGGGAGCCACCAAGGCAAAGUCAACAGGGACGAUGGGCAUUAAAGGGGUGGCAGAGCUACUGCACACACACACCCCGGCCAGAGGGCAAUUUUUCCAGACUUUGGCACCCGCGUCUCCGUCUCUCACGCUCUCUCCUCUGUGGAUGCGUCUGGCGGUUUCCAGCAGCUUGGCCCGGCUACGGGAGAGAUCCCGCAGCUGCAAGUUUGGGUGGGGGUGCAAUUGUUGAGAGUGUUGCUGCUAAGCGGCUUGGCGCUGAGCCGGCCUGUGGUUGUGUUGGGGGGGCGGAUGAUUGAGAGACCUGGCAUCGAUGGCACCUGCCCGCAGGCUCCAAGGAGGGCCAUUUUCUGCUUCCUUGGUCCCUGCAGGACCAGCGUGCCAUCGUUGCCUCCUCGGUUCAGGUGGAUCCAGAUUCUGAGGGCCUGCGACCAGGCUGGUGGAAGCAGGGGCAACUUCUCCAUUUCCCCUUCCUGGAAAAAAUAAUAAUAAUAAUAAUAAUUGUAAGAACUAGAGAGAGUCACAGUCUUUGAAGUGGCAAGAAAGGAGGGCGGGGGGUUGGAGAGGAGUUCUUAACAAAUUGGGGGAAAGGAGGAAUCUGUGUCCACCAGCCCAGGGGCAGCACCUACAUCUGGAUCCCACCUUUCUGACUUCGGAGAAAUCGUUGGAUUUCUUUCAAUGCACUGCCAGUUCAUUCGCCUCCCCGCAGUGAAGCAGAUCAUCCAGUCCUGGUUCAGACUAAAAGCAGGACCUGUAGUUAUUUUAAUAAACCGAUAGGCUAAAGUG